UGAAAACCUUGCAAGGUAAAAUUUGACCAACCCCGGGGUUAACCAAUUUUCUUUCUACACAAAUUUUAUUUGGGUUAUCAGGUUUAAUUGUUCAUGUUCUGGAACUGUUUGAAAGUGUUUUUGUUAAUUCCCAUCCAUUUAUAAAUAAGUCAAAAGUUAAAAAAUCAUAAUUGUGGUCUGUGGUCAUUUAUUUAAUUUAGUGUACUCAACUGCUCCUCUGAACCUAGAACUAUUCUGGUCCAACUCAGCAUUUGAGGUGCUACAUUUUUGGCGAGCCAGCCAGGAGCAGUUGAAGUAAUAACAGUUAGUAAAACAGACCACUUUAGACAUUGACUAAAAUAACGAGAGAAAAAAUGGAUGUGGUUGAAAGUGAAAAUGUGAAGGUGUCUAACUCUGUAAUUGUGAGGGGCCUUACUGAAACAGAAAUGGAUGAAGAACUAACAGAGUUCUUAAUUAAAUAUGGACGCAUUGCUAGAACAAUCCGGAUUGAUAAUCCUCGAUCCCAGUACCACAAACAUGUUAUUGUUGAAUAUGAAAGUGGUUCCGCUGUUUGCACCCUUAGUCCUGUGCUUCCAUACACCUUUGAAUCUCCUAGUCAUGUCACCUAUGAGAUCAGAGCACUUUCUGCUGAAUACUUACCAGUUGCUGCUCGUAGUGCUACUGAUGGAUUCAUGAGUGAACUCCAAAGACUUUCUAAAAUAACUGGCAAGUCAUUUGAAGAAAUUCUGAAAGAUCAGCUUUCCAUUUGCGAAACUUCAGCUACAGCAGGUGCUGGACAGCCAGAAAACCCAUGUAACGCACAGACACAGAGUGAAUCUGAUCCACAGUCGCAGGCAGACCCUCAGGUUUUCCCUCAGGUUGCCCCUGCUGGUGUAGUUACACCAGAACCUGUGUCCACUACUGGAAAAGACCCAAAUUCUUUCUCUUUUAACACAAGAGAAGGCGUCCAAGAAAAAACUGCAGGCUUUGUCAAUCCUCCAGAAGUGCAGCGCAUGAUUGUUGAACACAUAGUCAGGAAUGAGACUUCAGCUACCCAAAGUGUUUCCUUCAAGAUUAGAAGUUUUUCUGGGAGAGUUCCCUGUCCUAGUCAUGAAACCGAUUUUGAGUCAUGGAGAACUAGUGUGGAGCUCAUAUUGCAGGACAGUUCUUUCUCAGAUUUGCAACGUUCAAGAAAGAUUCUUGAUAGUUUGUUGUCACCGGCAGCUGACAUUGUAAAACAUCUAGGACCCCAGGCUUCACCUUUAGCUUACCUUGAAUUGUUAGAGUCAGCUUUUGGAGUGGUAGAGGAUGGUGAUGAGCUUUUUGCUAAAUUCCUUAACACACUUCAAAACCAUGGAGAGAAACCGUCGCAUUACUUGCAGCGACUACAAACAGUGAUCACAAAAGUGCAAAAACAGGGUGGUAUUUUACCAAGUGAAGCGGACAGGCAUCUUUUACGUCAGUUUUGUAGAGGUUGUUGGAAUGAUGCGUUGAUAGCAGAUCUUCAACUUGAAAGAAAGAGAAAUAACCCUCCUUCCUUUUCUGAGUUGUUGUUGCAGUUGCGAACUGAAGAGGAUAGACACGUUGCAAAGGAAAAUAGAAUGAGGAAACAUCUUGGCACGUCCAGACAAAAGGUUAGCUCAAAUUUUGUUAGUGCAAGUUCUGUCGCACAAGACACAUCUGUUGAAGUUGAUAUAAGUGAAAUGAAAAAGCAGGUUUCUGAUCUUCAGAGUCGAUUUACCAAAUUAGAAACACCACGGCAUCAACGGGAACUGUCACCUCAGGAAAGCAGUGUAGCAGAAUUAAAGAAACAAGUCACUGAUCUUAAGAACCAGCUUAUAAAUUUGACCUCCCAAACGGAGAAGAAAGCUAAAGCUGCUAAAGCUAGUGUGAAAACCCCAAUUAAGCCCAAACCAUCAGAGAAAAAUUCUGUCACAAGCCAAGCUUCCAGUGUCAGACCAAAACCAUGGUAUUGUUUCCAAUGUGGCGAAGAUGGUCACAUAGCAUCCACCUGCUCAAAUAAUCCCAAUCCAGCUUUAGUCGCUGCCAAGAAAAAGCAGCUAAGAGAAAAACAGUCUGUGUGGGAUAGUCAACAUGGACAGGACUGCACUCUGACUUUAAACUAGAGUCGGCUCUU